CUUGUUUUUGGUCAAAGCAGGUCAAAGUUUAUCAAUUCGCUUCUGAUGCUAAACGACCAAAGAAUACACAUUUCUCUCUUAUCUUCGACACGCAGCAGAUCUUCAUUUCAAGAAUAAAACUUUAUAAUGGAUUCUGCAUAUUGGAUUUUUAUUCUGGCGAUCUGCAGCUAUCGUUCUUCUGCCCAGCAGAUGAGGGUGGAAAAGUUUGUGAAAAUCAAGAUGAAAUAUUGCUGGAACUACGAAAAGAGAACGUCCAUUUUUGAAACACCAGUUUUCAGCUAUGCCGGCAAUGACAAUCUAAGUUUCAAUAACUGCGGCCGAUGGGAGCAAACAAAAGCAGGGUCGAACCCUCCGUGGGACGUUUUCCUCGUCGCCGUCAUCGACGAAAGAUUGCGCAAACUUUACGGUGCCCUCGUGUCCGAUCAAACAAUUAUCAGCGAUGGAAGCACGUGGGACGCAGGUCAUUUCAAAGCCAUUGAGCGAAAGGAACAAGUCAAGAUUUACGGCGGAGAAUGUCGAGAAAGAUCAGACGGAAAUAGUUGCUUUAUCAAACGAGGAUUGACAAAUCUAAAGAUGCUAGACGUGAAGGAGGUGGAAUUGAAGCACGGAGAAUUUUAUUCCAAAUCGCUUCUUGUUAUACGAAUUGAAAGAGUUGAAUUUAAACCAAGUUUGCAGCCGAUUUGCUUGUGGAAUCGAGGCAAUCAGGACGAUACAAGCCAAAAUUUCUAUUCGCAAGAUAUUUGGAAUUACAAGCUAAAAAAGGUGGAUUUCCUCCCCGAGCAAAGGUGUUUUUAUUCUGGUCCUGGAAGCGAGAUUCAAAAACAGUACUGCGACGCGUACAGCAAUUCAAUCUGCACAUCAAGAUCAUGGGUCGAUGAAAAAAUAUUUUUGUACAUUGAGAGACUAGAUCGAUUCUAUCUUCGCGCAUUCAAUCCCUUUUUAUCCGGAGCUUCCACCGAGCCCUGGGUCGAUUUGCUGCCCUUCACAAAUCAAAUAGUCUCCGCCUCUGCAGACUUGGCCGCGAUGCCCAAAAUUCCAGACCUGAAAAGAAAAAUAGAUUUUGGCCAAAGACAAAGUUUUCCCGGAUGCGGACAGAAGUCUGGGGAAAACUCAAAUCCUUGGCACGCUAUUAUUUCAAGAAUUGACCCCAUUCAUGAAGGUUUUUGUGGAGCAACUUUGAUUUCUGAAAAGACUCUCGUCACAGCGGCAAACUGUCUUUAUGAUCAGCGUGGAACUGAAAUGGAAGCGAGCAACUUGAAAAUUACGCUUGGGUUGCAUAGCUCGUCUAAAAAUCAUGAGGACUCUCAGCAGAACAUUAUGGUUUCAUCCAUAAUUGUGCAUCCGGAAUUUAAUUUUAACAAAAGUGACCUAAAAAGCGACAUUGCCCUCAUCAUCUUGCAAAACAAGGCUCAAUUAAUUGAACAAGUGGUGCCAAUUUGUCUGUGGAAUGACGAGUACGACCUUAGCAAAAUAGUGGACACAACGGGCACGGUUGUCGGCUGGGUUCGGAAUGAUAGUCUACAGGAGGUGCAAAUCCAACCGAUUUAUUAUCAACAAUGCUAUGAAAGUAACAGGCCCUUCUUUUCCAAGUAUUUGCAUCCGCGAGAAAACUUCUGCGCUGGAUUUCCGCACAACAAAACUGGUGCUUGCAUUGGAGAGAACGGAAGCGGAUUCGUCAUAGAGAAGGAUAAUAGAUUCUUUUUGCGAGGAACAAAAUCUGUUCCAGUUGAUGUAGGAGGAGAAGAGGAAGAAGUGAAGACAUGCAACCCGCAACACUUCGCCCUGUUCACGGACGUCACCAACUUUUUAAAAUGGAUUGUUGAUAACAAGCGUUAAUAAUACCAAUUGAACAAAAUUUCAAUACAAUUUAGCUCAAACUACAUAUUUUAACAAAUAUCUUUUGCAUUCUUGCGUUAAAAAAUUCUUAUAUAAUUUUUGCAAUUUUAUUUGAAGUUAUUUGUCCUCUGCAUCCUUAUAAGUCGGAUGAAGUUUUCUAGACUAUUGGUCAAAUGUGAUGUAAAAUCGAGAAACAUUUUAAUCCUAAAUAUGAAAGUUCAAUUUUUUAAAUAAUUUUUGAUAAAGGGUAAAUUUCGUGGAAAAAAUUUGAAAGCAGUUUAAUAAAAUUUAUUAGUUUAUG